UAUAUAUAUAUAUAUAUCUGUAUUUAAACGGGAAUCAAUUGUUGUUUUAACAUAUAUGCCUGAUGAAAAUAUGGAUGUCGCCAAUGUUUAAUAAAUUUUAAUAGAUUUUAUUUUAACUAUGAAUGUUACAAUGAUUCAAUGUUGAAGAAGAAGAAGAAGAGGAAGAAGAACGACAACAACAAAAAGCACAACAUAAUAUACUGCAACAAUUCCAUAUGGUCAUGAAAAUGAAAUUGAAUCGAAUUGAAAUGAAUACAAUAUCUAUUCUAAGUGAUGAUGGUAAUACACAUGGUAACAUUGAUCUUAAAAAUAUUUCUUAUGAAGAAGACUUAGAAUGGUAUAGAAUAGAAUUGGUACAUUCACUUCAACCUUUUACUUAUUAUGAAUUAACCUUUGGACAAUUUCGUUCAGCUUUAAACGAUGAAUUGAAAGGUUGGUAUUUGAGCAAGUAUAUAGAAAAUGGAACAUAUAAAUAUCUUGCAACUAGUCAACUUCAACCAACUGAUGCUAGACGUGUAUUUCCUUGUUGGGAUGAGCCUGGAUUUAAAGCACAAUUUCAGGUUAGCCUGAUACGUCAAAAAGAUUAUCAUUCACUAUCAAAUAUGGCUUUAGAAAGUACUGAAGAACUUCAUGAUAAUUGGUAUCUUGAUAAAUAUGAACCAAGUGUUAAUAUGUCAACAUAUUUAUUAGCAUUUGUAGUUUCACAGUUCGCAUCAAUUCGUGGUAUUGAUUCUAAAGGAAGAAAUUUUACUGUAUGGACAAGAUCAGAUAAAAUUAAUUCAGCCAAAUAUGCUCUUGAAACAGGGAAGAAAAUUAUUGGAUUUUUUGAAGAAUAUUUUGAACUUCCUUAUCCACUUAGAAAAACAGAUAUGGUAGCGGUGCCUGAUUUUGCUGCUGGAGCAAUGGAGAAUUGGGGUCUUAUGAUAUAUAGAGAAGCAACAAUGUUAUGGGAUCCUGAAUUUGGAACAGCAGCUACUCAACAAAAAGUGGCGACGGUUAUUUCACAUGAAGUCGCUCAUCAGUGGUUUGGAAAUUUAGUUACUUUGAAUUGGUGGGACGAUCUAUGGUUAAAUGAAGGUUUCGCAAGUUUCGCUGAAUAUAUUGGAGUGGAUCAUGUUCAUCCAGAAUGGGGAAUGGAUGAACAAUUUCUUCUGGAUGAUAUACAGAAAGUAUUGGUUAGUGAUUCGUUAGCGACAUCUCGGCCAGUUAUACAACCUGUUUACUAUCCAAAUGAAAUCAAUGAAAUUUUCGAUCCAAUUUCUUAUAAUAAGGGUGCGUCCGUUUUAAGAAUGAUGGAGUCAUUUAUGGGUCGAAACACAUUUCGUGCAGGUGUAAAAAAUUAUCUAUAUCAAAACAAAUAUAAAAAUACUGUUCAUGAAGAUUUGUGGAGGGCGCUCACUGAGGCAGCAAAACGUGCAGGUAAAGAUGUGAAUGUUAAAGCCGUAAUGGAUACGUGGAUGAAACAAAUGAAUUACCCAUUAGUAAUCAUUCAAAGAAAUGCUGAUGGCCAAUUUCAAUUUGUACAAAAACAUUACUUAGAGCCACAGGAUGCUAAAUCGCCAAAAAAUCCUUCACCAUACAACUUUACUUGGAAAAUACCAUUGACUUAUGGAUCAGCAAAGACUAUUAACUGGGAUGAAACAGAUGUCAUUUGGAUGAUGAACAAGACAAUGACCCAAACACUAGAUGUUGCAGAAAAUUCUUGGUAUUUAUUCAACAUUAAACAAGCUGGAUUUUAUCGUGUUCAUUAUGCCGACAAUAACUGGGAACUAUUGACGGAACAGUUGUAUAAAGACCACCGUGCUAUUCCACUUCAUUCAAGAACACAAAUUUUGGAUGACUUAUUCAACUUAGCAAAUCGCGCUACUGUUUCAUACGAUGUCUACUUAAAUCUGACAAAAUAUUUGAAAAAAGAAGAUCAGUAUGUUGUAUGGGAAACGACUCGACGAGCACUAUCUUAUUUAGACCGUAUGCUUGCCAUGGACGAGAGUUAUGGAGCUUUUCAAGCAUAUUUGCGUACGCUUGUAGAUGAUCCUCUUAAAUCAGUGGACUGGACAACAAUGAAAGAAGAUAAAGAUCAUAUGAAGCAUAUGUUGCGCCUGACAUUAACUCGUCUAGCAUGUCAAGCUGAACAUCAUUCAUGCGUUAAAAUGGCUACAGAAUAUUACAGAAAUUGGAUGCUUAAUCCUUCACAAAAUUUGAUUCCACCAAGUUUGAGGCCAGCUGUUUAUUGCACAGCAAUAAGAAUCGGUGGACAAAAAGAAUGGGAGUUCCUAAAACAACGUUUAUUAGAAGUGGAUAUCAAAGAGGAUGAGAAAAAUAGUAUUUUACAGGCAUUGUCUUGUUCACGUGAUAUGUGGAUAGUAAGACUACAUCUGGAAUGGGUCAUAAAAAAUAAUCAAAAGGAUCCUCAGGAUUUGUUGGAUGCACUUUCAUCUGUGGCAUUGUAUCCUAUCGGCCAGACACUUCUAUGGGAACAUAUUCGUGAAGCGUGGAGAUUUAUAAUGGAUGAAGGGAGAAACGCAACUCGCCCAACUGCUAAAGCCGCUUCAUCUGAUGAUCUCAAUGACAUUUGCAAGUAUCACCAAACCGCAAACUUUGGGCGUCAUAAUGAGUGUGUACUAACUGUAAUCCUUAAAAUACUAUCCAAACGUCAUUACACACUAAAUAACAUACCGGAUCAAGAAGAAGUACUUGCCAUGCAAAAUUCUGGACAAAAACUACUUGAAAAUCAUGUUCUGAAACGUGGAUUAAAUGAUUUGUUUAAAAGGUCAAAGGAAAACAUGAAAUGGACAAAAACUCAUCGUGAUGUUAUCAGUAAUUGGUUAAAUAAAAAUGUUCCCAAUACAAUCACAUUACUUUGA